AUGGCCGGUGCGCAGGAGCUCGCUGACAUCUUGCCGAUCGGCAUUGCCAUUCUCAACCAUCGAGACGAGUCAAUAUUGGUGAACCGACGUUUCCGAGAAUUGAUGGCUUGUCACAACGCUAAAUCGUUUCAAUGCUGGUCGCAAUCUAUUCACCCAGAAGACUAUGACCGAGUGGCUACGGCAUAUUUUGAAGCAUUGAAGUCCAAGCAUGCGCUGCGCAUCGAAUAUCGCAUUCGCAAUCAAAAAUCUUUGUGGCGUGGAUUGAUGUUGGCUCCACUGGAAAACACAGAUCUUCAGCGCCUUAAUUUGGGUGACGAUGUUGGAUUUAUCUGCACCAUCGCGGAUAUCACCUUGGAGAAGACUGCCGAACUGCAACAGAUGGAAAUUGCGCACGAGGCACAAGAACGAAAGCAGCAACAGGAACGGUUUAUCGACAUGAUCAGUCAUGAAGUCCGAAACCCCCUUUCUGCUAUCCUGCAUUGCACCGAGGAUAUAUUUCAAACAGUGAAGGACAAAGAAGGUAGUGGAAUACCUUUGGCAGACAUUGCGCAAGCAGCAAGGACAAUAAGCCUCUGCAUUGCACAUCAAAAGAGGAUUGUCGACGAUGUCCUUACGUUCUCGAAGCUGGACGCAUCAAUGUUGACCUUGUCGCCGCGAAGAGCCGAACCAAAACGGCACCUGGCAAAAUCAUUGUCCAUAUUUCGCCCUGAGCUUCGGAAACAAGAUAUUGAAUUUGAAUACAAGCUCGAUAAUUCCUAUGCUGAAAAUGGGAUUGAAUGGGUAAUGGCCGACCUCGACCGGGUGAGCCAGGUUCUCAUAAACCUGGUUUCCAAUGCAAUCAAGUUUACUUCCAAAGCAAACGGCAAAAGAGGAAUCAGGGUCUCCAUGGGCGCCUCUACAGAUCGACCGCCAUCCUAUCCUCCCAAUGUCGUCUUCUUUGACUCCAGUGAAGCUGCAAUGCGCUUGGAUGCAACCAACAAACCCGAGUGGGGAAAUGGCCAAGUUGCAUACGUGAUGGUAGCAGUGAAGGAUACUGGGAUCGGCAUUAGCGAUGAGGCUCAGAAGCGACUCUUUGAACGUUUUCAUCAAGCAACGCCCAGAACAGAGAGCACCUACGGCGGUUCUGGUCUUGGCCUCACUGUCAGCCGGAAGCUCUGCCAUCUACACGGGGGAGAGAUCGGCGUAAGCUCUAAAGAAGGGCAAGGAAGCACGUUUGGGUUCUUCUUCAAAGUCCGUCGAGAGGUUCCGCCAUUCAAUGAUGGACAGUCUACGUCCCACGGACUCGAAAUUGAUGAGCUAUGCAGUGGUAUUCAAGCGUUGAGCAACGAGGCGACGGGAGUCACUCAACGGACAAGGUCACCUGAAAUUUCAGACAGUCCCGUUGUAACUCGCAUUGAAGAGGUAGCACCGGGCGCUCCUAGUGAUGAAAGGGUAAAGCAUACGUCAGACAUAGCCCGCCGGACAGGGUCUGCUGGAACUGCCGCGAACAACCACACCCACCAAAGCCUGCAUGGUGACUGCGAUAAAGAGUCUGUCCCUGCCAGUCCAGGGGUUACCAAGCCGAAUCUUGGGGGUGGCCAGAUCAAGCACACUAAACCAAUCAGCCCACGAUCCGAUCGGGAGAGAAUUCGGCGUAUUCUCGUGGUCGAAGACAACGACAUCAACCGACAAAUCCUCAUCCGCAAGCUGCAAUCCUUGGGGUUCCAUGUCACAGAAGCAAUAAAUGGCCGCGAAGCCUUAGAUGCUUUGCAACACGAGGAUUUUGACUGCGUCCUCAUGGACCAAGAAAUGCCUGUUAUGGAUGGGAUUUCGGCGACGAAGGCAAUCAGGGAUUCUGAGAAACACAUGGCGCAUGUUCCUGUUCUAGGUGUGACAGCAAAUGCCAGAGCAGCCCAACAAACUGAAAUGUUGGACGCCGGGAUGGACGAUAUUAUCCAUAAGCCAUACCGGACAAAUGAUUUAUUUGAGAAGAUAAACCAAUUGAUUGUAAUCACCGAGAGGGUAAAAUGA